CUUAAAAUAAGAGAGAUUAUACAAAAUGCAUGUUAUUUUUUUUAUUAUUAUUUAGUACAAAUGAUGUUUACAUAUUGUCCACAAGACAAAAAACUGCAAAAAUGAUUUUAUUUUAUGUUUUCAUGAGUCCUUUAUUUGUUUUGAACAGUUAAACUGAGCCUGGUUCUUCAGAAAAGACCCUCCAUGUCCAAAAGAUUCUUUAGUUUUUUUUAGCACCUUUUGCAUUUUUGAUGUCAGCCAUCUUUUGUGAUGAAGACUGGCCCGACAUGAUGCUGGUGGGUGGAGUUAGCGUCAACAGCCUUUGCCAACAAGGCGGUUUAUUUGCACUUAGUGUUAGCAGCAAUAGAGCCUAGUAACACAGAUGCUAUUGACACCAUUUUAAAAUAGUAGGAUUUUCUACUAUUUAUAAUACUUUUUGCAAAUAGUGGAUGAUGGACUAAUAGCCACCUUGUUAGUUAGUUAGUUAGUUAGUAAUCUUAGUUAGCUUAACAAUCACACGUUGGUGGGUGGAGUUCAUGCAAAUAGCCUCUGCCAACAAGGCAGGUUAUUUGCACUUGGACACUGCGAUAAAAUGAACUCCUGACUUAUACUCAGUUGACAGCAAGAAUGGAGCUUUUUCGGACAAUAAAAGUAAAUUUCAUUUGAAACACCAAGCUCAAGAAAAAAGGUGUAAUAAAAAGUAGUCCACACAAACUAAACAGUAUUCGAAGUCUUCUGAAGUCAUAUGAUAAAUUUGUGAGAGGAACAGCCUAAAAGUUAAGCAGUAACUUGCCUUCAAACAUCUUUGAGGUCGAGUAUUUUUUUUGGGGGAAACUGGCCACUUUAAUUCUCGCGGUUGACUUGACCUAUAUAGACGCUGCGUGUUAUAUGCAUCUCUGGACCACAAAAACGUCACAUGUCGCACAGGUAGCAAUAGCCAACAGUACAAUGUGAAAUGGGUUGAUUUUAUUUUUCUGUUAUGCCAGCAAUCCUAAGGAUAUUAAAAAGAUCAUGUCCCAUUAAGAUAUUUUGUCAAUUUCCUACGGUUAACACGUUUUAUUUGUAACAUGCAUUGACAACCUUUUUUGGACAACUUUUCUCAAUGUUUUUGCAACCAAGAUUUGCAAAUAGUUUUCAUGGUCAAAUAUUGAAAAACCAUAGAUCAAUGGGAACCAUACCGCUGGGGACCCGCAGUCCAGCAGAGUUCAGCUCCAACCCUAAUCAAACCCACUUUAAACAGCUAAUCAGGGUCUUCAGGAUCACACGAAAAGACACAGGCCAGGUGUUCUGACGAAGUUUGGAAAUAAACUUUGCAGAAAAGUGGGUUCCCAAGAGCAGGCUUAAAGACCUGCGAAAUAUCAUAUUCAAGUGCUGAUUUAAUUGUUGUGCCAGACUGCAAGCCGGUACUUUUGCUGGGAUUUAUCAGAGACACCUAUUUUAUGAAACCUCAAUCAACUCUGCAAUCAUAUUCUAAAUGCGCAUUUGUGUUUUAUUGUCUAUUGUUGUUUUGGUCAUAAAGCCUAUUUCAUGUGACAAAUUACACCACACAAUAUGAAAACAUGCUCUGCUGUUUGCACAUCAUAAAAUCUUUCCUUGAAAAUACUCUUUAAACAUAAUUGUUUAUACAGAAAUUGACCACAUUUUGUUCUCACUUCUAUACCCCAGGAAAUUACCUUUCAUUAUUCCCAUAGAACCGAAUCCUUGGUAACCAUGGAUUUCUCCACGGCUGAGCGGUCCCUACCUUGCCUACUGUAUACAUCUGCCUUUUGGUAGUUCCAUCUCUUACAUGAACCAGAGAGGCUGCUUCAUACCUUACUGAGACAGUAGCAGUAGUUUCUUACAUGUUGGAGACAGAAAAUGAGACUUAAUAAACCUAUGUUUCUGGUAAGAAUUCCUAUUCUUUCAUUGGGUACAACACUGUCCAUCGUCCUACUGAACUAUCCAAGGAAGAACUGCUCUUCUAAGGGGAAACUGGAACUGAAUCACUUACUAAAGCAGGAUGCUGGAGAAUUACAGGCUUGUUCUGCUAUUAUCCGAGGAGACAUGGAUGGGGUGGACAAGGAUGACUUCAGGAAGCUGCUGGCUUCUAAAAAAAGAACUAAUUUGCUAUCCGAGUCAUUCUACCUCAACACAACCAAGGAUUGUCCAUCCUUCAUCCGAGACAGAGGAUUUCUGACGGUUUCUCUCAGCAAAGAGGAGAAAGAUUUUCCUAUCGCUUACUCCAUGGUGGUCCAUGAGAAGAUUGAGAUGUUUGAAAGGCUCCUGAGAGCCAUUUACAGUCCUCACAAUGUCUACUGUGUUCACGUGGACCAGAAGUCUCCUGAGAUAUUUAAAGAAGCAGUAAGGGCCAUAACGUCCUGCCUGACCAACGUGUUUGUGGCCAGCAAACUGGAGCAUGUGAUCUACGCCUCCUGGUCUCGAGUUCAAGCGGACAUCAACUGCAUGCAGGAUCUUCUCAAGUCACCGGUCCAGUGGAAGUAUCUGCUCAACACCUGUGACGAUUUCCCCAUUAAAACCAACGCAGAAAUGGUUCAGUCUCUAAAACACUUGAACGGAAAGAACAGUUUGGAGUCUGAGAACGUAGGGGGAAAAAAGAACCGCUGGGAAUAUCACCACGAUGUUACAAAUGUUGUGACUCGGACAGAUGUUAAAAAGUCGCCUCCUCCAAUUAAGAGCCCCAUGUUUUCAGGGAAUGCGUACUUUGUGGUUUCAAGAGAGUUUGUGGAGCACAUCUAAAACAAAGAGAUUCAAGAUUUCAUGGAAUGGGAGAAAGACACGUACAGUCCAGAUGAGCACAUGUGGGCUACAUUACAGCGGAUGCCUUCAGUACCGGGAUCUAAUCCUUCAAACAUCAAGUAUGAACUAUCGGACAUGAACGCCAUUGCCCGGCUGGUGAAGUGGAGCUACCAUGAAGGAGAUCUAAAGAACGGGGCUCCCUACCCACCAUGCACUGGGACGCACAGACGGGCAGUGUGUGUCUAUGGAGCUGGAGACUUGAAAUGGAUUGUGCAGCAACACCAUCUUUUAGCAAACAAGUUCGACCCAGAAGUAGACGAUGUAGCCAUCAAAUGCAUGGAAGCCUUUUUAAGGUACAAAACUAUUCAUGGUCGAUCAUUACUAACGGUUCAAAAUUCUGGCAUUAUUUUAUGAUGUAUUAAUGUUUUAUGCAUUUUUCCAAAAAAAUUGUCAAUGUGACUUUCUAUACGCACAAACUUAUCGACGAGAGGACAGAAUAACAAUAAAAAUUUUAUGUAAGUGUAUACAUAAAACUUUUUUAUAUUUUAUUUAGAUUUACCUUUUUUUGUAAAUGUAUGUGGAACAUGAUUGUAUAGGAGUAUAACAAACAAACAAACCUAAAACACAAACGCAUUUUCGUUCAAAAGGAGCGAAGUGGAGACACGCUCCAAAAAAAAAAAAAAAAAAAAAAAAAAAAAAAAAAUACAGAAACGUUACGGUGUCCUGAUAUCUGUAAAGGAAGU